AGCACUACAUUCAUCGCUACCAAAACCGGCAAACCUUGCUUGCCAGACAAACCACAAAAGGAAAUUGACAAGACCCAACCAGCCAAGGACCUCGACUUUGAACUAGACGACGACCACAUCGCUCCCGGGUUCCUCAGAGCAGACGUUAGUGUUGAUGAACUCGGACAUAUUUUGUUUGCAACUGGCGACAUGCUGCAUCUUUUGGAGAGAGCAAGAGUGUGGUACCUUGACGGCACAUUUAAACUUGUGAAGGAGCCGUUUUACCAGCUUUUCUCAAUACACAGCUUCAUAAAAUCUGGUACAGCACAGAAGCAGGUGCCGCUCUUGUUCUGCAUGUCAGGCAAAAGGAAACGUGCUCGGUGACAAUUGGUGUAGGCUUAGGCCUAGGCAGGAUCGUUUAGGCCUCCCCGAACAAAUUCGACCGCGAUGUAGGCCUAUGGGACACUUUGUGUUUAUUAUACCUAAAGAGGCUCCAGGUAAAGCAGGGGUUGUAUACAGUAAGUGCAACAAACCCAAACACUUAGCUAUUGCAAUCAGCGUCGGGAUGAGUAGGAAACAAGCAAUAAAAGUGAUGUCAACAUUAGCAUCUUAUAGAAUAAAGAUCCCAGUCACUGUCUUUGUGUACAGUGAGUUUGCUGAAGAAUGGCCCGAUCUUGUCAAAUCAUGGGCAACAGUUUAUGACAUUGCACUACGUGGAAAUCAUCCAUACCCAACCGGUCAUUUUGAAAUGAUGGCUACCAAUUGGAUUCGAGAAACUGUAGUUAGUUCAGAAAUGCGUCUUCGUGAACUCGGCAUAAACCCAAUAUUCUACUCGCCUAAUGAAUAUGGCGGAAACGUGAAGCAGCAACUUGAACAUCGGGGAUUCAGAAUCGUCAAAGCAGCUGUGAACUUCCCGCCUG